UUCAGUUAAUUGCAUCAAUUAAAGUUAGCACAACACAGAAGUAACAUGAAGCCGGCAUUCUUCUUGUGAUCCUCUAGCUUGCAGAAUAAAAUGACCACCAGGCGGUGAGCAUUGAGUGUGUGUUGACUUGCUAUCUCUCCUCCCACUGUUUCUUCAUGAGGGCUGAGAGAUGACCAUGAACGGCCGCUGGUCCUUCAACACCCUGGCCGUCAUCUUAAUCCUGCUGUCCACUGCAGCUCUCUCUGCGCACUUCAGAGUGUGCGAGCCUUACUCCGACCACAAGGGGCGCUAUCACUUUGGUUUCCACUGCCCUCGACUCUCGGACAACAAGACCUACAUUUUCUGCUGUCACCAUAACAACACGGCCUUCAAGUACUGCUGCAACGAAACUGAGUUUCAGAGCGUGAUGCAGAUCAACCUCACCACCAACUCAGACGGCUAUGCCCACAAUAACUACACUGCCCUAAUUGGUGUGUGGAUUUACGGCUUUUUCGUCAUGGUCCUUCUGGCUUUGGACUUCCUGUACUACUCGGCUAUGAACUACGAGUUGUGCCGGGUCUACCUGGAGAAAUGGGGGCUGGGAGGACGGUGGCUAAAACGGGCCAGGAUUCAAUGGCACAGCGCAACGCAGGAGGGUGAACACAACAUGGGAUCGGGCCUGAGUCACCACCACCAUCCACGGCACAGCUUGAGAGGCGAAGCACAGAGCCCUACGCUCCUGACCUUCCAGACCUCAAUGGCCUGAUAUCCAGCUUUGAUCCCAAGGAUAUACUUAGUAUGACAAAGGAGGAAGCCAGGAAGUGGAGAUGUAGUGUCAGAGCCUUUUCCUAUCUACAUAUUUACGACACAGGCUGUUCUGGCGACCUCCUGCAGCUCUGCUGGAUGGCAUUUUCUCCACAUGCUGAUGCUGAGACUGACAGCUGCAAAUGAGUUUCUCUGCCCAAUCAGAGGAGGCUUGUUCAGCUGGAUCUACUUUUCGACAGCUGUUGAAGGACUUUAAUGAGAUUGUUUUCUUUGACGCCCACUACCUUGCCUUGUCAUUUCGGGAGUUAAGACUUAGAUGCAGGGAAUAGGACUUUGCGAAAAAAAGAUAGAGAAGAGGCCGAUGGGUCUGUAAAUCUCUACAGUAAAUGUCAUGUUUGCACUGCUCUGAAGCCAUUGGUUGGCUUUUCUUGAAGUAGCGAAAAAAGAUGUUUUAUUUCCAUUGUAAUUUGACCCAAGGGGAUUAAGCACAACAUUUUAAACUGCAGUUAAUAUGAAACAUCUUCUUACAUACAGUAUUUUAAGGUGCAGUCACAUUUACCGAUGUUCGGCGAAUUUUUGAAGGCAAAAUCCAGUCAUUUCAAUAGACUGGGAAUUUCACAUGAGGGCGGAAAAUUUCACAACGCAGAUUUCGCAUGGAUUCAUCGUGUUUACCAACAGAAACGUUCUUGGUUUGGUUUGAAAGUGACUUUACAUUCUACAGUACAUUCUGAAAAUUUUGAUGAGAUUUCGCUCAUGUGACCACACCUUUAGACUUCAAAACUUACUGGCUUAAACGAUUCGGAAUAUUCUCAUCCUGAUUCAAGGAAGUGACAUCACCGUUUAGAAUACUCUGAAACAUUUAUAACUACUGAAAUUUUGGGCUGGGGAAAUAAUUUCUACGUAAAGCAAUAGAUAAAAAUGAAGAACUAAUGUCAUUUAUCAACCAUAAGAACUAUAACUUUACCUGAAACUUGACUAAGUGGCAUUGCUUCAUGGAGUUUAGAUCUGGAUAAUCAGACACCUGAGAGUCACUUCAUUGUAGAAAUGCAGCGACAUCAUUUUUUAUCCCUAUUGAACUUGUGCACUGAGUCGAAACCAACUAGACAUAGGUAAAAGUAGCCACUGUUAGGCUGUGAGUAUUCACCUGCAAUAACACACAGCGUUGUGCUGAGUUGUGUUGUGUAUAGAGGAGAAAUUGUUGUGAUUUCGUUUAUCUAUUUAAGGUGAAACUAAUAGUUUUCCCCUCGUGGAGGGAAGAGAGAUGUGUUAUGUCUUGGAGUAAUAAGUUAUAAUGGUUAUAAAUUGCCUUACGGUAAAUCUGUAGUACAUGCCUAGCACCUUGUUCUGUGAUAGUGGUUGGUACCUCAGUGUGAUAUGGCCGUCCACCUGUUAAACUUCUCUUUGUUUUUAUUAUGGGGUCAGUGGGUGGGGGGAUGCUGGGGGAACAGAGUUGUAAUUGCACUUGUUAACUUUUUACUGUUACAGUCCGGGAGAAAUAAAGAUUUAUCUUUUGCAGUGUU